CCGGGAUAUAAUGGUGUCUGUUCCGCAGCCGACCGUUGAUCAUCUUGAUAGCUAUCGCUGUCCACAUCGUCCUGCCUACACCCUCCACGCGAUCCUGCCUAUUGCUCAACUCCGCUCGCAAUUGCCUUUCAGUGAUCAUUCUGCAAUAAUCUGGCGGCCUGCGACUCUAAAUAAUCUCCGGCGUGAUGGCCGCCAUCUGGGGUAAUGGGGGCCAAGCAGGGCAGUUUCCCCUCGAACAAUGGUUCUAUGAAAUGCCUCCGGUGACGCGCUGGUGGACAGUAGCCACUAUAACUACAUCUGUACUAGUCCAGUGUCAUAUCUUGACCCCCUUCCAGCUAUUUUACAGCUUUCGCGCGGUCUAUGUCAAGUCCCAGUACUGGCGACUUCUUACGACAUUUCUCUACUUCGGACCCCUUAGUCUAGACCUACUAUUCCAUGUCUUCUUCCUACAGCGGUACUCGCGCCUUCUCGAAGAAUCGUCCGGUCGAUCCCCAGCUCGUUUCUCUUGGUUGCUCUUCUACGCCAUGGCCUCUCUCCUCCUUCUUUCCCCGUUCCUCUCGCUUCCAUUUCUGGGCACAGCCCUCUCCUCCAGUCUGGUGUAUAUUUGGGGUCGCCGUAACCCUGACACCCGUCUCAGCUUCCUCGGUAUCCUGGUUUUCACGGCGCCGUAUCUUCCCUGGGUGUUGAUGGCAUUCAGCCUGGUGGUCCACGGCAUCGUACCUAAAGACGAGAUUUGUGGUGUGGUCGUCGGUCAUAUCUGGUAUUUCUUCAAUGAUGUCUAUCCGUCUCUACAUGGCGGCCACCGUCCCCUGGACCCUCCAGGAUGGUGGAUCCGGUUAUUCGAGUCUAGGGCCAGCGCAGGAACCGAUACAGCGAACCUGAACCGGGAUUUCGCCGCGGCUGCGGCACCUGAAGUCCGAUGAGAUGUAAAACACCCUCUGAUAAAACUUUGGAUCAUGAAAUCUACAUAGCGUCCGGCAAUGAUGGGAGCGCAGUGAUCAUCUUUGGAACCUUUUUGGGUAAUACAUUGAGUUAGUGCCGUUUGCAAUCCCGUCACAUGCAUUGGUGCACAAUGUAAUCCGACUGAAGUGGUGAAAAUUGGGGAGUUUUGUAACACCUCCACUAGUUUCGGGCCGACUUCAUCUCUUGUUCCUU